AUGUCACCGUCAACCCACCUGGACCAGCCAAAAACACUCCAAUCAACCGACGACAUACGGCCCCAACCUCGUCGUUAUCACUCUACCUCUGUGUUUUACAACUACUCUCCUUUUGCAUCCAGUUCUGCUGGACUGUCGUUUGCUGGCCUUCCCGACAGCCCGUCACCUGUCACCCUCAGAACGUCAUACUUUGACAGCCCUGGCGGCUUUUCAGCGUCCCGCGACCCUACCACUCCCUCCUCUGGUGUCAAACGAGGGUCCAACCUUUUCUUCCCACAAAGGCAUCGAUCCUUCAACGGCGGUUCCGUGUCAUCCCCCUUGGUGACCUCCACCCCCUUGAAACAACAACACAAGGCGCCUAAGCAGACGACUGGACCUGUCACCACCUCGACCCCUAAAACACCUCCACUUCGCGACUCUACAGCCGAACACUUGAACACAUCUGUGCGGUCUACACGGUCUACAAGGUCGACGAGGUCUGCACUUUCAACUCGAUCUGGGGAUUUAUCAGACAGCCCUCUGAUGGAUCCUCCCCACUCUCCCACGCCCAGCGACCGAAACAGUGCUGGGCCAACACCUAUCCUCGUGCGCCCCGGGCGACUCCCCACCGUCGGAGCUUUAGGCAGAAUGACUGGCUCUCAGCCUAGCACCCCGGUACCCCAGCAGCGGAGGCCGAGUAAAGGGAUUAUGUUCAUGCCGGGUAAGGGACGGGCGACCACCUCAUCGUACACUGGAGGCACCCCGUCGGGGGCGAGGCCGACAGUCGCCAUUAGCACAGCCGUAGCGACGGCUUCGCCCUCCACGUCAAAGUCCAUCAGCCCCACCGAGGCCCAUGAGAAGGCAAAGACGAACACGAAGCACAGGCGGGCGUCGUCGGGCGCUUCGCUGAACUCGUUUGUGUCUGCAUCGUCGAGCUUGCGUGCCUCCACCGCGCCCAGGAGCAAGGGCACGAAGACGGCCGCUGCUCCUGCUUCGGUCGCUUCUGACUUCCCUGUUGCGCCUCACACAACAGGAGCGCUCGCGGAUAUUCAGCCGACGUCUGCAGUGGGAUCCUUCGGUGUGGAAGCCAGGCUGGCGACGGAAGCACUCGAAAACGCCACGGGGGGCACGGGGCGCAUUGUGCCAUCACCUGUAGAGAAGAUUGAAGACGACAGGAUGUCCGAACUCUCAUCUGUCAUCUCAUCGCUGCACGUCAUGGACGAGCUGUGCGAAGUCGAUGAGACGGUGCACGAGAUCAUCACGGACGGCUACGGAAACGGGUACAUCGAGGUCGUGCCGGACAAGGAGUACACGGCGUACAUCCCACCAUACCAGCCGCGCAAGCAGCACUUCGCUUCGAUGGCGCAACACGCCCCGCAGAUCUGGGCCAUCACGCUCUCGGCCUCGAUCGGGCCCACGGACCUGCCGCUGAACCGGCGCCGCGUCGAGCUCGACAUCUACUGGGCGCCGCUGAAGGGCCUGUGGGUCUACGUGCCGUUUGCGCGCUACAUUCCGAGCUGGAAGCUGCGGCUCGCGAGUGGAAGCUCGGGCAAGAGCGCAAUGAAGGCGAUCGAGGCGCCCCCGGCAAAGGACAAGGGCAAGGGGAAGGCGCAGGACGGCUGCGACGGCGAGCUCAUCGCGCGUGACGAGCGCACGUCGCUCGCGCGGGAGCUCGCACGCACAAUCAUCUCCCGCCUCCCCCUCCUGUCCCGCUUCGCGACCUGGGUGUAG